CUGUGCUUCACCUGAACCUCCAGAUCUCAAUCUGCUCUGUUCAUGGUCCGGCCCGUCCCAAAAUAGUCCACGAAAAUGCCGUGGCAUCCUUUACACGUCCUGCAUUUUGAAUUCAACUCUCGAACGCCGCAAUUCCGAGCUUAGAGUCAUCCUCCGAUUUCCCACCAUUUUUCUCCAAAAGGCCCGAGUCCAAACAUGGCCGUGUCUCGUCCAGCCUCGGCGGCCGAGUUCCAUUCCCGCCCGGUCUCGGUGCAGGAUCCCAUAUCACCCGAGUUCGACGUCGACGAUGUGCCUGUCGAGGUCCUCGUUAAGCACCUUCUGGCGGCGAAGCAGUCUCUGUCAUCAAUGGCGCUGGUCCUCCGCGCGAAUGACUUGGCUACACACGCCCGCCAGAUGUUCGAAGAAUCGGUCAUCCUGAGCGCGCAGACGGGCUUUUUACGUCAGGGGGUUGAGGAGGAGGUGCGAAUACUAAAGCAGGUCCGGCGCAGUAUGGGGCGCGCGUACGACAGCGGCCGUCGCGAGUUCAAGCAUCUGAUUCGCACCCUGGACAGCGCCAACGGCCGCCUCGAACAGACCAUGGGCAUGCUGCGGGCGACGCGCGUGGAGAGCGUAUUCCGCCCCCCGGGGGAGGAGGAGAAGUGUUUGAUGGAUUUUGUCGACGAGAAGAGUGUGGACACGAUGCGGGAUGCUCUGAAGGGGAGUAUUGCCGAGCUGCAGGCUGCACAAACCUCGUUCGACGGCGACCUCCUCCGCUUCGACAACGACCUGCGCCUGCUCGGCAAGGCCAUGUCUGCGGUACCGUCCCCUGGUUCGCCAUCAGCCUCGGCUGCCUACCAACCAAUACCACACCUGCUAGCCUCCCUAACCGAGCACUCGCACGCCAUGGCCGAGCAUCUCACCUCUCUGAACACCCACUUUGACAUGUGCGUCAAGGCGGUCCGCGCAACCGAGGGCGGCGCAGCACUGGCCCGGCGGCGCGCUGCCGAAGUGACCGACGACGGCGACAACCCGGUCUCGAUAUCGGGCGUCAUCACGGAGCAGGAAUCGCACAUGGCCGACCUCGAGCCGAUGGACCCGCAGGAGCGGGCCGAGAUUGUGCAGGUGGUGGUGCAGGACGCGCCCGAGGUGGACGAGGUCGUGGCCGAGAUCCAGACGGUGCUGCAGCAGAUGGAGCUCGAGUUCGGCGCGCUCAAAAAGCAGGCCGACGGCAUCCGCGCCGACUACGUCGCGACGCUGUCUGCGUUUCAGGUGCUCGAGGACGUCGGGUCGCGGCUGCAGAGCUAUGUGGCGGCUGAGGGCGAGUUUACCCAGCGCUGGGAGGACGAGAGGGGCAUCAUUUUUGACAGGCUCGAGGAGAUGGAGGAGUUGCGGCGCUUCUACGAGGGGUAUGCACGCGCUUACGGCAGUCUUUUGCUUGAGGUUGAGAGGAGACGCGGGGUUGAGGAGAAGAUACAGAGCGUGCUGCGCAAGGCGAAGGAGAAUGUGGAUAACUUGCUCCUGGCGGACAUGAAGCAGCGGGAGCAUUUUAGGCAGGAGGUUGGAGAGUUUUUGCCGACAGACCUCUGGGUGGGCAUGAACAAACCGCCGAGGCAGUGGGUGCUGGUGCCUGUCGAGGAGCGCCACGUGGACGGCGAGGAAGGGAAGCCGGAACCGGACACGCCGACACCGGCGAGAGCGACGGUAGCCAAGGGCAAGGAGCCUGUUCGGUAGGGUGUCAUAUCAUGUGCCUGGGUCGUUCGAUGGAGUGUACGGUUAUUUCGGUUGGAUGUGUUGGCUUUGACAGUUAAGGGCGUCUUCAGCAUACACAUGGAACUCGGAUGGUUUCGGAGUUUGGCUGGGAAUGUGGUAUCGGCUUUGUAUCAAAUUAUGUUGUAUCAAAUCUUGUUGAAGUACUUGGGUGGACUGGGGAAAUGUUGUAGAAGCAAUAUUUCCAAGUCAGGUGUCAGUGUAGGCCUACGGGCUGAAGUACAAUCGACCCUCCGGUUCUGAGUCGGAUCGGCGUGCCCCACUUCCAGCAUCAGGGCCGGACCCGGGCCACCGCCGAGAAGUGGAGCCCCGGCCUUGCCGGCACAUGGCGUGCCGAUACUGACCCUUGCCGAACUAGGUGGUUUAUGUAUUAUCGACCGCGGCGCCCGUUUGUGCACCGUUGCAACACCAUACAUUCGCAA